CACCUGAAGGAGGAUCUAUUUCCUGGACCACGGACCUCCGACCAGAAGCUUCAUCAGAGGAUUCUGGGUCUCGUCCACACGGUGAAGACCUCCAGGUGGGUCGUCAGCGGAGGUCUCUGGGUGCACAAAAGGCCUCCAGAGAGGAAGAGAGGAGAGGAAGAGGAGCUGGUGAGCGUGGCAGACGUUCUCUGUGGUUAUUAGCUCUCAUGACGAGCUGCUCACAGCCCGUCACCACUUCCUCUCCUGCAGCAGAUGCUGUGUGGUUUCUGCAGAGACGUUCUCACAGGAGCCACACGGCGACAGUUACAAGCAUCUCCUCUGGUGGACCAUCGCUCCGUGAUCUUCAGUUAGACAUCAGAAGACUUUACCAACUAUGACAAGUCCCAGAUCGUCUCUGAGCUGCUCUGGUUCUUCUGUGUGAGGAGCAGCUUUAGCACCUGACCGGAUGCUGGUGGAGGUGUGAGGACCCGCCUCCCUCCUCUCAGCUCGUCCUCCAGCUGCUUCAGAGCUCCACUUCUGCUCGUGUUCACCAGAGGAAACACGAUGCACGCGAUGCUUUCCCUCCCUGCUGCUGCUCUGUGCGCCCUGAGUUCAGCGCUGGUUGCCAUGGCAGCACAGCUGAUUCAGGAGGAUUUGACGUUGACCAGGACAGUUGGUGGGAAUGUCUCCUUCAGCUGUGGAGGAACUGACCAGUGCAACAAUAAUUAUGUAUUCUGGUACCAGAAGAGAGACACAGGAACAUUCACACUGAUUCUUGAUAUUGAUAAGAGCAAUGGUGACAUAGAUAAGUCGUACAAUCAUCCUCAGAAAGAUGAUUCCACAGCUGUGAAGAAAGAGUUUGGCUUUGAUUUGGAGAUCCAGAAGGUUGAUCUCACUCAUUCAGCCUCCUACUACUGCGCCUGUUACCGUUAUUACUACUUAAUCUUUGGCUCUGGGACCAAACUGUACGUAACAGGUGAGCCGGUGGUGAAGCCCGUGGUGAGCGUGUACCCAGCAGCAUCCAGCGCCCACCUGCAGGGGAGGAGCUCCCUGCUGUGUGUGGCCUCCUCCAUGUUUCCUCCUCUGGUCAGGUUCUCCUGGAGGAGACGUGAGGAGAACGGUUCUCUGGAGGAGAAGCUCCCUGAUGAUGCAGAGCAGCUGGAGUUCACAGAGUCCGGACGCACCGCCUCCAUCUUGCUGCUCCAUCAGCAGGAGACCAGCCGCUAUCGAUACCGCUGCUACGUCCACCACGAGGGGGGAAAGGUGGAGGCCCCGAGCGAACAAGAGGACAGAGUUCCUCCAUCAGCUCCUCCAUCAGCUCCUCCGUCAGCUCCUCCGUCAGCUCCUCCGUCAGCUCCUCCGUCAGCUCCGGGCCCGUCUCCGUACCAGGUGAAGCUGCUGUGCCGGCUGUACGUCGUGCUGAUAGUGAAGAGCCUGGUGUUCUGCUGUGGAGUCUCUCUGGUGAUGGUCCUCAGGAACACGGCUCACAUGUAGGACUUCUCUCCUCAUCUCCUCCCAUCAGUUUGUCCCUCUGAUCAGCAAACAUCUGCUGAUCUUCACAUGUUGAACACCAUCAUCCUAAAGGCAUGAACACAUACAUGUGUGUAUUCUACCAAUAGUUGCAGUAGAUCCGUGUAAAUCAUUUCUCGUGUUAGUUGGAGUAUUUCUACUUAAAUAUCUGAUAUAAAACAACAUGAUGCUGAAUCAUCAGCUGUCUGUUAAAUAUUCUUCUUUUCCUUCAAAUGAAUGUUGAUUCUCUGUUUGUUGAGUUGCUUUUAUACGGAAUAUUGAUGAAGUCUGUUGAUGUUCUUUGUGUUUGUUUCUUCAUGUGUUGAACACGUUAUGAAAUAAAUAAAAACACACAGACACAAUGUUA